AUGCGCCUUCAAACCCUUUGCUCUGCCCUCGCGGCCCUUACUACCCUCACUCUCGCCGCUGAGCAAGUCAUUAUCAAGAAUCACCUUGCCUACCCUGUGUGGUACUCUCAAGUCGAUCAAGCCGGUUAUCGCAGCGAAACUACAGCCAUAGCUCCCUACGGAACGGUGUCCCUGCCCCAGAGCGAUAAUCCGGGCGUCGCGAUCAAGAUCAGUCCUCUUGAAACGGACAUUGACAUCGAAGGUAAGGGCGUGCUUACCCUUGCCUACACCAGGUCGCCACCGGGUUGGAUCUACUACGACCUAUUCUUCCACAACUAUUCCCCCUUUCCAGGCGUGCCGCUUAAGCUGGGUGGUCCUGGCGGAGAUAACGACUGGCACGAUGGCAAUGAGCAUCCCCCACAUACUAUUGGGUAUCAAGGAUACGGGCAUCUGUACCUCGACAUUGGUCCGUAA